UUGAUGAAUUGAAGCUCCAGCGGCCGGGAAUGCAUCCUAGAGUCGUAUAAAGUAAACCAAAAACCCUUAGUUGUAGGGUUUUUUAGCGUCCUGAAAACCCUAAAUAUUACGAAACACUGAAAUCUUUUUUAGCAGAAGCUUCUUUUUCUUCUGCAACUAAAUAGAUUCCAUGUCUCUUAGUUAGCCAUUCAUUGCCAACAUAACAUAUUUUGCCUCCCAAUACAGCACAAAACCUCUCGUAAAAUCGUCCCACGCCUGCUAAAUAUGGCUCUACGACGUCUGUUAAGUAGCACUACAUUUGGCAGGCUUAUUAUGGGAAGAGAUGUUUGCGUAACCUCAAAAUUUAUGCCCAUAAACAAUAGCGCCCUUGGGGUUAGGCUUGAAUCGACUGCAGAGGUGCCGGAGCCAUCGCCUAAGCUCUUCGUAAGUGGGCUCUCUAAGCGCACUACUGAUGAUGGUUUGAGAGCAGCUUUCGAAAAGUUUGGUCGAUUGCUAGAAGCUAGGGUGGUAACUGACAGAAUGUCUGGAGUAUCUAAAGGAUUUGCCUUUGUAAGAUAUGCCACUCAGGAAGAAGCUGACAAGGGCAAGGAGGGUAUGGAUGGCAAGUUUCUAGAUGGCUGGGUAAUAUUUGCAGACUAUGCAAAACCAAGACCUCCAAGGACUUUUGACAAUUCUCAAGGUCCAAAUCAAUCUUUUGGUGGAGCUCCUAGAAGCUAUGACAAUUUUCAAGGAUCAAACUCUUCUUCUGGUGGCGUGCCUAGUAAUUAUGGCACAAACUCUACUUUUGGUGGGGCGCCUAGCAACUAUGAUAACCUUCAAGACUCCAACUCUACUUACGACAGAGUAUCUACUUAUGAUGGAGCACAAAAAUAUUAACUUAUACUGGUAUAGGGUACUUAAGGAGGAAGUACUCUUGCAGUGUAAUUGAGAUUUAGAGAGGUCCUGCAAUCCUUAUGAGCUACUGUUGAACGGAUAUAUGCACUGGAAUGCUCUCAUAAAAUGUGGUAUUAAAAUUAUUUAAACCUUGCUUUCCCAUUGAGUGAGAAUUUUGUGUUGUGUUAGGACAUUGUUUACCAAGUAUACGUAGGAAGUAUCACUUGGUGCGGAGUUGCUGGAAAUGUCUAUAUUAAACUGCCAUUUUCUAUAUUCAAAUACAUAAAUCCAAUGAUCAUUAA